UGUACGUGGGUGCGGAACCAAGGAAGCUUCCGCCUCCGGCCUGUCGGCCCUGUGACCCCGGGCGUGUUACCUCAUCUGUCUGGAGCCUCAGUUUCUUCAUGCUACCAUGCUGGAGCUGAAUGCCGGGGCUCCCCCUUCCCGGUGAGGCCUCUGACGGCGCCCCCUUCCCUCCCCAGCGCAGGCAUUGGCCGCACGGGCACCAUCAUCGUCAUCGACAUGCUCAUGGAAAGCAUCUCCACCAAGGGGUUGGACUGUGACAUCGACAUCCAGAAGACCAUCCAGAUGGUGCGGGCGCAGCGCUCCGGCAUGGUGCAGACCGAGGCGCAGUACAAGUUCAUCUAUGUGGCCAUCGCCCAGUUCAUUGAAACCACCAAGAAGAAGCUGGAGGUCAUUCAGUCCCAGAAGGGCCGGGAGUCAGAGUACGGGAACAUCACCUACCCCUUAGCCAUGAAGAACGCCCAUGCCAAGGCAUCCCGCACCUCUUCCAAACACAAGGAGGAUGUAUAUGAGAACUUGCACAGUAAGAACAAGAAGGAGGACAAGGUGAAGAAGCAGCGGUCGGCGGACAAGGAGAAGAGCAAGGGUUCCCUCAAGAGGAAAUGAGGCGGGCCUCAGCCCUGAUCCCUGCAGAGGCCUCCGGUGGGCCAACCCACGGCCGGAACUGAGGAGCCCACCCCCAUUCUAUUGUAAUUUAAGUGGCUGUGUCCCUACUUCCCUCUUCCUGACCCUGUAUAUAGCCCCGCGAGACUCCAGGCAGCAUCAGGCCCUAUACUCUUGUAAAUAAAGCCCCUAGGAUCACUGUGUGUGGGUCUCUAACUGUGACUGCCUGGGCCUGAGGAGCUCAGAAGGGGAGUGGGGGAGGAGGAGUGAGCAGGGAGCCGUGUGUGUGUGUGUGUGUGUGUGUGUGUACACAAAAGCACAAAAGCUUGACUUUCACCUUUGACCUGACCUGGUUCUGGACUCUGCUUAACAUACUAGGAGUGUGACCGUGGGCCAGAUUCCUCAGUCUCUUCUUUAAAGUGGAGAAUGAUGAAAGGUUACAGCACAGGGAAUAUAAUCAAUGGUCCUGUAAUGGCACCUUGCGUGGUGACAGAUGGCGGCUGCACUUGCGGUGAGAGCGUAUCAUAACGUAUAGACUUGUGGAAUCGGUAAUUGGUACACCCGAAGGCAAUGGAACAUUGUGUGUCGACUGUACCUCGGUUAAAAGAAAAAAAAAAAAAACUAUAUAUAAAAUAAAAUGGAGGAUGAUCCUGAGGG